AUGCCACGAUCACGGUCUCGUUCACGAAGUUCAACACCAUCAACACGACGAUCUCGUUCACCAAUAUCUGAUCAUGAUAGUGGAAAUGAUCAACCAAAUGAAUAUCGUAUUCAUAUCGCUGAAUUACCACAAGGUGUACAAGAAAGUGAAAUACGAAAAGUAUUUCAACGUUAUGGUACAUUACUUGAUGUUUGGGUUGCAAGUGCAUCAUGUUUUGCAUUUGUUGUUUAUAAACAAAAAGAAGAAGCACAAAAAGCUAUUGAUCAUAUGGAUGGAAGAUCAUUUGGAAGUAAUCGUUUAAAAGUGACAUGGGCUCGACCACGAACACGAAAUCGUUCUCAUCGUUAUGAUCCAAAUAUGAGAUGUUAUAAAUGUGGACAACGAGGUCAUUUUAGUCGUGAUUGUGGACGUUUAAUGAUGGAAGGACGUUCAUCACGUCGUCGUGAUGAUAACUAUGGUCGAUAUUCAUCUUCAAACAACAAUCACCAUUCGAGGUCUCGUUCACCAUAUGCAUCGGGACAAUUACCCGCUCCAGCCUAUUUUCGUCAUGGAAUGCCAAUGUAUCCAUCAUUUUCACGUCGAUAUGAUGGUUAUAUGGGUAAUUAUUAUCCACCAGCAGAACGAUCAAAUGGCCAUGAAUAUCGUUAUCGUGAACGUGAUACACGUUUAACACCACCAUCAACAAGUGCCAGAUACAGUCGACGAUAA